AUGUCGGCAGGAUAUGGCGGUUCGGUUCCUGCCACCAUGAAAGCGGCUGUGGUCGAGGAGUUUGGCAAGCCGUUGGUGGUGAAGGAUGUGCCCGUUCCAGAGCCCGGUCACGGAGAAGUUCUAGUGAAAGUUAUUGCGUCGGGGGUGUGUCACACGGACUUGCAUGUGCGGGAUGGUGACUGGCAUGUCAAGCCGACACUCCCAAUCAUUCCGGGACAUGAAGGUGCCGGUGUUGUCGUGAAGCUGGGGCCGAAUGUCACGACCCUGAAGAUUGGCGAUCGUGUGGGCCAUGCCUGGCUUCAUGACUCCUGCGGAGGCUGUGACUACUGUUUGUCAGGUUGGGAGACUGUUUGUGGCAAUCAGCGCCUGGGCCGUUGUCAUGUGCCGUUCUUUUACACCAUUGCAGAGGCAAACUACGUGGGCAAGAUCCCUGACAACGUGAGCUUUGCUCAGGCAGCACCGGUGCUGUGUGCAGGCGUGACCACCUACAAGGCUUUGAAAGAGACCGAGGCCAAGCCCGGGCAGUGGAGUGCCGGUGUUGUCGUGAAGCUGGGGCCGAAUGUCACGACCCCGAGGGCCAGCUUCAUGACGGAGGCUGUGACUAUCAGGCACCAGACGGGCUUCUUGGCGAACGGAUGCUUCGCUGAGUACACCAUUGCAGAGGCAAACUACGUGGGCAAGAUCCCUGACAACGUGAGCUUUGCUCAGGCAGCACCGGUGCUGUGUGCAGGCGUGACCACCUACAAGGCUUUGAAAGAGACCGAGGCCAAGCCCGGGCAGUGGGUUGCGAUCAUUGGCGCCUGCGGUGGCCUUGGCCAUGUGCAGGCUAUGCCAAAUAUGCGCAGGCAUAUGGGUCUCAAGGUCUGGCGCCAUGUGAUUUCGGCGCCCGCACAAGCAGAGACUAGUGCCAUCGUAGAUACGUUGGGGUGCACAAGGCCUAUCGCAUUGGACAUCAGAUUGGACAGAAAGAGCUGA